AUUACUUCUACAGAAUGAGCUGAACGAAAGUUGUGACCGUGAUCCACCGUCAAUGAAAAUCUAUUUGGAUUUAAAUUUAGUCAUGUGUUGGCGACGUUUCAAUUCGUUUACUACUGGAAAUGCGAAACAGGAUAUUUUCAUAUCUCUGAACACGCAAGAAACGCAAUGUUUACGCAUUGAAAAGAACAAAAAGCAAUGAAAUUUCACUUUUGCUCGCUUUUUUUUCUAAGUUAUGUGGCGUGUGUUUAUUUUCCUCCACGUGACAGGAUUCCUCUGGGUGUGUUAAUGGAAGAACCUGGAAGUCAAACUCUCAUACCAGUACUCACAAGCUUAUAUGCAAAUCAUCUCAUAAACCAAAACGUCGAUUACCACAUGAAGUUCCAAAAAGUAGCAGAUGAUUCCUACGAAGCCAGUAAAAUCAUUUGUAAUCUAACAUCAUCAGGAAAUGGAGUGACUGCAUUCAUUUCGUCACUUCCUUCCAAAAAAACCCAUAUGCUGGAUUCGAUUUGUGCAGAAAUGGAAAUACCACAUAUUCAAUUGCUCUGGGAUUCUGAACCAACGAUCUCCAAAUUGACAUCUUUGAAUUUUUAUCCAGGCGUAGAUUUGUUCGCAGAGGGAUUGGCUACUAUUGUCCAAAGUUUGCAAUGGAAAAGUUUUGUAGUGUUGUACGAGGAUGAAUCCAGUUUACUCCGAUUGAAGUAUAUUUUGAAAUUGGAACCGUAUAACCCUGAGAAGAAAUGGAAUUCGAUAAGAUUGAAAAAAUUGGGUCCCGGACCGGACUACAGAGGUGUGUUCAAGGAUAUCAAGCACAUACCUGAGACCAACAUAAUUUUGGACUGUAAAACUGAAAAAAUUCUUGAUGUAUUACAACAAGCACAAAGUGUCCGUAUGUUAGAAAUUUUUCACAGUUAUUUCUUGACUCCUUUGGAUGCACACACAAUCGAUUUGGAAUCGUUAAAUUACAAGGCAAAUAUCACAACAAUACGAAUAUUUCAACCUGAGCAUAAACUUAUAGAGCAAGCAAUUAGAAAUUGGGAACUAGCAGAGCGUAAUUUUUUCAAUAACACAGUCAAAUACGAUCGGUAUACAAUCAAAACCAGUACCGUUCUGAUGCAUGAUGCAGUAGAGCAUCUUAUUGGUGCAAUCAACGAUUUCUACAAGACCGAAAGAGUCAGGCCAAUAGCGUUAAUGUGUAACGAUACCACCAAAUUCGAAAGUGGAUUUCGCCUUAUAUCAUAUAUGAAAAUAAAACCAGCAGACCGUGCGCUAACAGGCCCAAUUCAAUUCAACAAAAAUGGAACAAGGAUUGAUUUCACUAUUUAUUUGAUCAAAGGUACAAGAAACCAUACUCUGAAUAGUUGGAGAGCCCAAGAUCAAAAUUUGCUAUCUAAUCGUACACAAAAGGAAUAUGAAAAAGAUGUUGAAGAAAUGUUGAAAGGGGAAGAUCUGGUGAUAGCAUCAAGGAUCAUGUUACCUUACUUAUCGUACGUAGAAGGACACCAGAGUAAGAUUGGUAACGAUAAAUAUGAGGGCUAUGCGAAGGAUUUGAUGGAUUUAAUUGCCAAAAUAGCUGGUUUUCAAUACACCUUCGAAUUAGUUAACGACAAUCAAGCAGGAACAUACGAUAAGACUCUAGGUCGGUGGAAUGGUCUGAUUGGAGAAAUCACCGAACAUCGUGCACAAAUGGCCAUCAGCGAUUUAGCAAUGACUGCUCAAAGGCAGCAGGUUGUUGAUUUCAGUAGUCCGUUUAUGAAUCUUGGAAUUGGCCUUAUGGUGAAGAAAGCAACUAUAAAAGAAAUACCACUAUUUUCGUUUCUAGACCCAUUUACGCAAGAUGUAUGGGCUUACACUGCAACACUUCUUUUAGGACUAUCGCUUCUUUUCUUUCUAGCAUAUAGAUUGGCACCCAACGAGUGGGUUAAUCCUCAUCCAUGUGAGCAAAACCCAGAUGAAUUAGAAAUCGAAUGGAAUUUCAAAAAUUGUGUAUGGUUAGUUCUCGGAUCUUUGUUACAACAAGGUUGUGAUAUUUUACCUAGAUCUUUAUCUACAAGAGUUUCCCUAUCUUUAUGGUGGUUCUUCUCUCUCAUAAUGUAUAACUCAUAUACAGCUAAUCUGGCUGCCUUUUUGACAACCGAAAAGGCUGGUAUAACUGUCAAGAAUGUCGAAGAACUGGCUAAGCAGACCACUAUAAAAUAUGGAUGCAUGGAAUAUAGUGCCACAUACGAAUUCUUCAAAAAUUCAGACUACACAACAUACAGAAAAAUGUGGAACAAUAUGAAAGCAAGUAAUAAUCCUAGUGUUUUCGUGAAGAAUGACGAUGAAGGAGUUAAAAGAGUUUUGAGUACCAAAGAUAGUUUGUACGCUUAUCUGACAGAGUCCACAAUUAUCGAUUAUAAUGUUAAGAUAAAAUGUGAUCUGAAAUCAGUAGGAAACUGGUUGAACUCCAUCAGCUAUGCAAUCGCUAUGCCAAUGAAUGCCGGUUAUUUGGGCAUAAUAAACAGUGCUAUACUGAAUUUGUCAGAAAGUGGAGAGUUAGAUAAGCUGAAGGAAAAAUGGUGGAAACAGAAAAGAAAUGAAACCAUCUGUCAGGAGGAAAGGAAAACUGGUGAGAAUAAAUCCCUGAAAUUAAACAGAGUAGCAGGUGUAUUUUUAGUUACUGGAAUAGGAAUAGCAACUGGUUAUAUUGUUGCAAUGCUGGAGUUCCUGUGGAACGUAAAAUCAGUUGCUAUUGAUGAGAAGAUGUCCUAUUUGGAAGCAUUAAAACAUGAAUUCAUGUUCGCUAUCAACUUACGUUUGCAAAAGAAGCGAACCAAACAUAAAAUAACCCCUGGAAUUUCUUCGGAAAGGUUAAAUAGUAACACAAUGAAUAAUAGAAGUAGAAGUUUUUCGAAAAUAUCAAAUAUAUUCGUGAAUAAUGAAUCAAAUACCUCAAAUAUAGAUAAAAAAGACUGAAAUUAAUUUGCUAUCUCUCCAUCGUAAUUUUAUACUAUUCAAAAAUAAAGUUCUUGAGUUUA